AGCUUACAAAGACACUUAACUGCACACUUGACCACAAUAAAGGACCGAUGAGCGGUGGAAAUCACUGCUGACAAGACCGUAUGAGUGACGGGGGCUUCAACUGCCUGGACACCAGUCACUUUUUUUAAAAAGAUGGACUCAACAACGACAAAAGACGCGGAGAAGAAUUGUGUUCUGUGCUGCCAAGAGGUCGAGAUCUUCGCCUUGGGAAAAUGCGACCAUCCCGUUUGUUACCGCUGCUCCACCAAGAUGAGGGUGCUGUGCGAUCAGAAGUACUGCGCCGUCUGCCGGGAGGAGCUCGACAAGGUGGUGUUUGUGAAAAAACUGCAGGCCUUUCAGUCUCUGCCCUAUCAGCAGUUCCACUGUGAGAAAAAGUAUGACAUCUAUUUUGUGGAUGAGAAGAUCUAUGCCCACUACAGGCAUCUGCUGCUGCCCGAGUGUCUCCGCUGCUCAGAGCCCAAGGUUUUCUCCAGGUUUGAGGAGCUCGAGCAGCACAUGAGGAAGCAGCACGAGCUUUUCUGCUGCAAGCUCUGCACAAAGCAUCUAAAGAUCUUUUCCCAUGAACGGAAGUGGUAUAAUCGUAAGGAGCUGGCGCGUCACAGAGCGCAUGGAGACCCGGAUGACACCAGUCACAGAGGCCACCCGCUCUGCAAGUUCUGCGAUGACCGUUACCUUGAUAAUGACGAGCUGCUGAAACACCUGCGUAGGGAUCACUACUUCUGCCACUUCUGUGAUGCAGACGGCUCUCAGGAGUACUACAGUGAUUAUCAGUAUCUGAGUGAGCACUUCAGAGAGAGUCACUAUCUGUGCGAGGAAGGUCGCUGCGCCACAGAACAGUUCACUCACGCGUUUCGCUCCGAGAUUGACUACAAGGCUCACAAGGCUGCAGCACACAGCAAGAAUCGAGCAGAGGCUCGACAGAACCGCCACAUCGACCUGCAGUUUAACUACGCUCCAAGACAGCAGAGGCGAAAUGAAGGCAUGGUGACAGGCGAGGACUACGAGGAGGUGCGUCACAACCGAGGAGGAAGGGGAAGGCCUCACGGGGGACAGAAAAGCUGGAGGUACUCGAGAAAUGAGGAAGACAGGCAGGUGGAAGCUGCUUUGAGGGCAUCCAUUGCAAUGCGAAGACAAGAAGAGAGAGCAGCAGUGCAGGAGAGGAGUGCUCCCAAACACUGCAGAGAGGAGAGGGCAGAGAGGGCCGAGAGACCAGAACCGGAAGAGCUCAGACACCCGACCGGACAUUCCAAACAAGCGAGCAAACUUCCAGUAAAAACAAUGAAGAGCCAGAACCCGCGAGAUGUAGAAGAUGACUUCCCAGCUUUGGGAGCCACAGCUGCUGCACCUGUUGUAAAGUCAGCUCCUGCAGUGACUGCACCAUCCCACGUAGCUUUAAAGGAGGACGACUUCCCCAGCCUGUCGACUGCCACGCUCACAACCCCCAUGACCCCAGCUUACUCUGCGCAGCCUAAGAAGACGUCCUCUUUUCAAGAAGAGGAUUUCCCUGCUCUUGUCUCCAGAGUCCGGGCCCCCAAACCUGCAGCUGGUACCACCUCUGCUUGGUCCAACCACACAUCUGCAGCUAAGCCCAACACUCAUCCUCCUCCCUCCUCCAGACCUCCCCCACCCCUCUCUUCUGUAUCCUCUGGCCCUCAGCUCCUGUCCUCCUCAUCCUCGUCGUCUUCACGGAGGAAAAAGAAAGUGGGUGAGAACGGGAAAGCGUUGUCAAAUUACUCUCCCAUUCAUUCCGACGAUGAAAGCGGAGGAAUGACGCAGCAGGAGUUCCGCUCAGUGCCCACCAUGUUGGAUAUCUCCUCUCUGCUAACCGUUAAAGCAAGCAGCAGCAAAUCCUCAAACCCAGCUGUGACCUCGAGCGCUUCAAAUCCGACCCCCAACACCGAUCUCCCGACCCCAAAAGCCAACAAGAAGAAAAAACAGAAGAACCCAACUGCUCCCCCUACAUCUGCAACUACAACAUCAGACCUGGGAACAACUGUAAAUCCAGUCUCAGUGGAAACUACGGCACAAAAGGAAAACGUUCCUGAGAAAACGUGGAACAAACCGCUUUCCGGUCCUGUGACAGCGGCACUUACAAGUGGGCUGGCUAACGGCUACGCUGAGCAAUCACCACCCACUAGCAAAGAUAACGCUCCGGUAACAAAUCAUCCCAAUACGGAGCCUGCCGAUGAACAAGAGGAGGAGUUCCCUGCCCUCAUGACCAAAAAUCCACCACCAGGCUUUAAGACCUCUUUCCCAAUGAAGGCCUCAGCUCCAGCCCCAUCCUCCACCAUGCCCCUGCCUCCACCUGGCCUGGGUAUGUCAGCCCCUAAACCUCCCCCAGGGUUCACAGGGAUCCCCCUCAACAGCAAUGUGGUGGAGUCUACACCCCCAGUAGUCAACCUGCCUCCCAAAGUGCCGAGCAAUGGUUACCUGGUGCCAGAGGACUUCCGCGAGAGGAACCUGGAGCUGAUCCAGUCCAUUAGGAAGUACCUCAACGAUGACGAAUCAGAAUUCAACCAGUUCAAAAACUACUCUGCCCAGUUCAGACAGGGUGUGAUAUCAGCAGCCCAGUACCACCGUAGCUGUAAGGACCUGCUUGGCGAUGGCUUUAACCGCAUCUUCAAUGAGCUGCUUGUGCUCUUACCAGACACAGGCAAGCAGCAGGAGCUCCUGACUGCGCACGGAGACUGUAAGGCAUUGGAGAAGCAGUCUGGGGCUGGAGGAGGAAAGAAAAAUAAAAACAAGAAGAACGCCUGGCAGAUGCCUGCUACAGCGGUUAACAUGGCAGCUGAGCUGGACUGCCGGGUGUGCCCCACUUGCAGACAGGUGCUGGCCCCCAAAGACUUCAACUCCCACAAGACCCUGCACAUCACGGAGAGCGAGGAGUUCCCCUCCUUGCAGUCGAUUAGCCGCAUCAUCAGCUAGCCCCCCUUUCUCAGCCUUCCUCUGGUCCGUUUGCCAUUGCGAGGCGAAUUCAGUUCUGUGGUUCUGACACAGCCACGCAGCAGCCGGUGUGGGAAAGCAGCAGCUCAUUUCCUCUGGGAGGAGUCGGAGACCUAGUGUAGCAAAAGAAGAUGGUUCAUGGUGUUUCCACUUUGAUGGGGAGUAAUAUUGAUAGGUUUAUGUGAUUGGUUUACAGUUCAAGAUGCACAGGGUCGCCAUAUCUUAAAUCUUCUUUCAACUCUCAUCGUUUGAGGACGUCCCCAGCUGGCACUGGCACCGGCAACGUCUAAUCAGAACUCUAAAUUUAUUUAAUGAAAGCGGAGAGACGAGCCAGGGCUUUACUUGAAGAAUGCAACGCUCCCUAAUGCUGAAAUUAUAUUGAUUUUCUUUACUUUCUUUCUUUUUUACCUUGCUCGGGCAAGUUGAUAAAGUCUGCAUGAGUCUCCAGCUGUGCUGCUUGGUUAAAUAAGAUGUUCAGUUUGAAUAUUUAGCUUUAUAUUUAUAGCUGUCUAAUUGCUUUUAAUUGUUAAUUGCUCUAUGCAGGCCUGUCGACAGUGUCAGUGAAUGAACUCCUCAUUCAGGACGGUGUGUCAGAAAGUGAGCUGCUUCAGAAAUUAGAACAAAUUAUAGAUUCAUCAGUUGAAUGUUUUUUGUUUUCCUUUCAAUAAUCCCCAUUCUCUUUUAUUCCGUUUGCACAACUCACCAGUAGAUUUCAUAAUUUUGUUUAUGGACUGGUACAAUGUGGCCAUGAUGUUGCACAAGGUUUCAAAAGGAAAUUAAAGAACUGAACAAUGA